GUACCCAAUAAGAAAAAUAAGCUGCACACAUCUUUCUUUUUCCCACCCGAAACUCAGCUAGAACAUCUUCGAAUGGGACAUCUAUUAGCCUCGCCGCCGGUGGCAUUUCGGCCGACCGGCGGUAACUCUGUGCGGUUAACUUCAACAAUUCAGGCAUUAUCGGAGGAGGAAAUUCCCCCAAAUGCGAUACGGAGAAAGCGAGAUUCAACAUGGAGAGGAGGUUUCAGUCUUGGAGUGGAUUUGGGGCUUGCUCGUACUGGCCUUGCUAUUAGCAAAGGCUUCAAUUUUCGACCCUUAACGGUUUUGGAAUUGAGAGGACAAAAACUUGAACUUCGAAUUCUUGAUAUUGCCCUAAAACAGGAAGUGGAUGAGUUUAUAAUUGGACUUCCUUUGUCAAGUGAUGGAAGGGAAACUCCACAAUCUAACAAAGUUCGAAGUGUUGCUGGUAGGCUUGCUGUUCGAGCUGCUGAGAGGGGCUGGAGAGUAUAUCUGCAGGAAGAGUAUGGAACAACAAUAGAGGCCAUGAGCUACAUGGUUGAUAGGGGCCUCGGAAAAUCUGCUCGUGAAGGGAAACAGGAUGCCUACGCUGCUGCUAUGGUGCUUGAGAGAUACUUUUCAGAGUCAGGUCGGAGAAUCGAGCUAGUGUUACCCAAGCAGUUGGACCUCCAAGAGAAGCUCAAGAAGGGGUGUACUGAAGAUGCUGAUUAUUUUACAGACGAAUCUGAUUAGGUGUUAAUGGUAUACUGUGAUUGUGAUAACUCUUGUCACUAGAAUAGUACUUAUACCUUUAGAAGACAUGGAUGAUGUACCCUUUUUUGUUUGAUAAAUAUCUUCCUCUUGUAAAUCAUAUUCGAGAGAAAGGAAGUCAUGUAUCUUGCUUUC